AUGGAGGGUGCAUCGGACGCCAGCGAUCAGGUGGCGCGUACUUACAUGUACGUCAAGCAGCACAAGCUUAAUAAGCUGUUUGCGCAUUUUCUUCAAUUACUCAUCUACCAUAAACCGGAGAAUCCCCGUGCCUUCCUGCAGCAAGAGAUCCGACUCAUGUUAGAGGCAAAAACGUCGACGCCGCUCUUCACAGAGCAGGAUCUAGAAACGAUGUUUGAUCUCAUUGAUGUGACGAGGCAGCGUUGGGUGACGGUAAGUCAGCUACGGAACACAUGCAAGAACUUAGCAACGGCUGCCAGCGAAGGAGGCCUUGGCCUUUCCCAUGAAAACGUGGAGGCAAUUGAGCAUGCUGCCGAUGCAGAGGGGCACGUAUCAGUGGAGAAAUUCAAAGAGGUGUUGGCGAUGCAGCUCCUCAAAAGAGAAUUUUGGGAGGAAUAA